AUGGACAGAGGAAGAGGGAGAAUGCUGCCGCUGCUGGCGCUUCACGCGGCGAGCGAGUAUUACAGGCUCCCGUGGAAGCCUCCUGUCACUGCCGGCCUUCUCGCCGCAAAUACUCUCAUUUAUUUGAGGCCUGCCUUUCUCCGCAACAUCAUCCCUCCUAUCGACGAGGUUUGGUUCAAUGCCCAUCUCAUCCUUAAGCACAGGGACCUGAAGCGUUUCUUCUUGUCGGCAUUCUACCAUGUGGGUGAACCUCACUUGGUCUGUAACAUGAUGUCACUCUUAUGGAAGGGGAUCCAGUUGGAAACUUCAAUGGGGAGUGUAGAAUUUGCCUCCAUGGUUGCUGCUCUUCUUGGUAUGUCCCAGGGAAUCACACUAGUACUAGCAAAAUCCCUUCUCUUGUUCUUCGACUAUGAGAGACCUUACUACUCAGAGUAUGCUGUUGGAUUUUCCGGUGUCCUCUUUGCCAUGAAAGUUGUUCUUAAUUCUCAGUCAGAAAACUACACUGAUUUCCUUGGAAUACUAAUUGUGCCAACACAUUAUGUUGCAUGGGCGGAGUUGAUUCUCAUCCAACUCUUAGUUCCUGGUGUCUCCUUCCUCGGCCACCUGGGUGGAAUACUCGCCGGGAUUCUCUAUCUGCGGCUGAAUGGUACAUAUUCAGGUGCAGCCCCACUGAGUCUACUCUUCAGAGGUAUUUCUACCGCAUUGCGCUGGCCCAUGAGGAUUGGCCGGAACAUGUUUCGGUCCCCGACAAGGCGGAUUUUUGGCAGGUGGAGAAGCCAAGCAUGUACGUAUGACAAUUCUGGUUUGUCAAGCAUUUGUGAGAUGUUAGGUUCGAAUAGAAACGACAAUGGAUUUUCUCCCCGUCGGUUGCACCGUUCUCAUGAGCUUCAUUUGGAUGAAUUACGUAGUCGGAGAAUCCAUAGAUUUGGGAGAUGAUGUGAUGAGUCCAUUGAUUGUUUUAGCAUAUAAUCAAGCCCCUCCUCCUGCUUAUCAAACUCAGAAACUCCGAAGAUUCAACUCAAGAAAGCUGAUAUCUUUGGGAUUCUGAUGAUUUAUAUACGUAAUUACAUGAACUUAACAACCUUCGAUCUUCAUCCCCCAUCAUAUUUCUUGAUUUG